AUGUCCGCCUCCCUCCGCCUCCUCCGCCGGCCCCUCCUGCGGGUCCCCUCCCUCCCCACCACCACCCUCCCCCUCCGCCGCCACGCCUCCACGCCCCCCAAAGUCCUUGCCAAACCAAAAAAAUACACACACCCCUCGCACCCCUCCGCCCCGCGCUCCCGCGACCCCCUAAACUACCCGGGCCCCCCGCAACCGCCCCGCGACCCCACACGCCGCUACCCAAACACCAUGCCGCCGCCCAACACGCUCGCGCACACACUCCUCACCUCCCGCGUGCUACACUUCUACAUCUCUAUGGGAAUCCUCAUCACGCUCGCGGCCACCGUGUCCAUUCGCAACUUUCUGAAGACGUCGCCGUUCGCGGCCAAUGUGCGCUGGGAGUGGUUGCACCCCUACGAGAGCAUGCGGUUGUUUCUGGUGGCCGUGCGCGAGCAUACGGAGGACCAAAGCCGGCGCGUGGCGGAGAUGCGCCGGAGGAAGGUGGAGGAUGUGGAGUUGAGGGGCGAGUAUAGGAAGGCGCAUGGGCUGGAGAAGACGGGUAAUGAGGGAGGGUUUGGAGGGUGGGGGGUGAAGAAGAGUGGUAGGGAGCCGGUGGCGCCGGUGGUACAGGAGGCGAAGGGGGAUUGGGUGGAAGAGCAGAUUAGGAAGGCGGAGGAGGAGGCGGCGGCGUUGGUGGAAGCGGCGGAGAGGGAGAAGACGGCGGAGAAGGGAGAGAUGGGGCCGGAGACAGCGGUGGCGGUGGUGGAGACGCCGGCGAAGGAAAAGAAGGGGUGGUGGUAG